CUACUACAACGCGGUGAACGUGGUCAAGAACAAAAUGAUCAACAUGGCCUCCAACAAACGCAAGUAGAUCUUCAAGAUGGUGCCAAUACGGAUGCAGGUCUACAACUCCUGCAAGAAGAGGAAGACGAGAUCCUCAGAGAGAUGUUGAUUCAACCGCCGAUGUUCGGCGUUUGUGUUUCAUCUUCUACUUCGAGUACAACUACUGAAAAGGAUGAAGUUCAGCAAGAAGUUGAUGAGGAGGAAGUGGAGGAGCCUCGUCUGGUCCACGAGUCAGAGUUGAACUGCACUUUUCACUAUUCUGAUAGCGUCACAGACUACAGUUAAGGCUCGAUGUAAUUCAUUUCCAAGAGUCAUCUGCUUCUGGAGAUUUUCCCUUGGGAUUCUGAAGAAAUGAAGGCAAGAAAUGAAUUGCUUUGCGCUCUAAUGCAGGCUUCGUUACGUACUUUUAUGCAGUGGUUUGUACAUGGAUGAAGUCUUACUUUGUUACGACGAUGUCACAAGAGAGCUCGUACGCGCCGCAAAUGAGUUAGCAGAGCAAAAAGAAACGCGAAGGGUCGCGGCACACAAUGAAAAGGUAGGGAGACUACAAGAACUAGCCGCAGCAAUAAAGAAUAAAAAGUUAGCUGCAGGGGAUGAAGAUGAACAAGAACAGGAAGAGACGAAAACAAAAAGUACUUCUACAACUAAACAAAUCGAAGAGCAUGAACAACUUCUCGAACAGCUGCAAAAUGAACAAGAUGAAGUAUACUGGAAGCCGACUGGAGCAUGGCUGUGGAACAAGAAGAUGGAGCGCCUCUCUACUCGCUCACUCGCGGACUUACCAGAUCGCGACCUGCACUUCCUGGAUGAUGACAAGUUUCAAUCUCUCUGUUCUUUCGCUUUCGUAGGAGAAGACCUUAUGGACUUGCUAGCCGACGCAGUGGAGGAAGUAUGAGGACAAAAAACGCGAAAGAUGGGAUUCGGAACACCUAGUACGACGUUCGUUCGGGUUGGUGACAGACUUCAUGGUACUAUGAUAAGUUUGAGUAUGAGAAGAAGAAGAAAAUGACGACAUACUUAGAUAAGAACACGUCCCAGCUUAUUGCAUCAAAGAUUGAUGAAUGAAUGCCAACACGGUGCAACAGACAUGAGGUGAAUGACUUGAUCUGAUGAAAAUCUAGCGCUUCUGCCUGCGUUAAGUGAAUUUAGGUAUCAAGAUGAGCAUGAGGAUCAAGGUCAAUAAGAAGUGGCACCACUCGAAAUGAAGUUGAACAGGAAGGAGACAGUAGCGAUCGAGAUUUUACAAGCAUAGGAAUGCUCGAGUCAAACAUAUUGUUGGAAAUAUCUAUGCUCAACGAACUGGAGGAGGACGACGAGCACAUCACUACUUUGUGUGUGAUUCUGAAAUCAUAGUAUUAAAAACCUAUACCAUUCUUUCCGCGAACAAGAGCAUGAUUCACAUUCAUGUACUUGUAUCCAUAGUUCAACUUCAACUUCAACAUUCAUUUACAGAUGUGCUGCCUAUCUUCUAGCUUCUUUGUAUUCUUUCUAUCUUCUAUCUUCUUUGGCCUUGUUUGUAUUCCUUCGUUUAUAACUUUUCUUUUUGUGAAAUCUGAAGGAAUCUUUUUCCUUUUGUAGAACUCAUAUCAAUGUACGACCCCUACCCCUACACAGGCGCAGCUUGUUAGAUCUCGCAAGCCAUCAUUUUCGUGACAAGAAAUAAGGAGGUCUUUGUUGGGGAGGGUUUUUGUUCUUGUUACCAAAGAACGAAUGCACUUCCCAUGUGGAUGGACAGCGACAUGUGAGGUUUUUGCAGACCUACAGCGACAAGCGACACCUACAGCAGUAAGUAACCUAACAUUACAACAUCAAAAAAAACUACCUCUGGUGGAUCUGCAGAACCUCCGUGUCCCAUAAUGCGCAUAUUAAAAACAGUUUCUGAAGAAUAGAUUGG